GACAGAGACACCCCCAUGUUCAAAACUUAAUCGGGAUUGCUCACAUUAUUCAUCAUGGCAUUGCAUUCCUUAACAACCUUCAGGUUCAUUUCAGCGUCUUGUCGAGAUGGCAAAUUCUAUCCCUUCCUCUAGCUCUGACGCUGCACAUAGUUCCGACAAUGAUACCGAAGUGACUGAUAGCAGUGCGACGACCUAUGCUUAUCUCGCCGAUGACCCUGUGCAUUUCUCUUAUCGGGAUGGAGACCUCACAUGGUCAGGAGCUGUCGGAAUCGAUGGCAGGAUAUCUGGUGGGAAAAUCCAGGGAGAAGAUGUGAUUUGCGUUACGGAGAAUGAGGGGCCCAAUGGUAGUCUGGGCUACACAAUCUUCAGUCUGCUUCCAACAGAAGGAGGAAUCAAAAAACUUCCAUUCGAGUUGAAGACAACAUCUGCCACCAACCUUCCCCAAGAAUGUCUCGAAAGUUAUCUGGUUAGGAGUCUGCCAACUUAUCUUCGCUCCGCAGAAACGCAGAUAUACGUUUUGAUCUCAACGUUGUCCGGGACGGGAUUGGCGCCAGACUUUUACGACGCUGUAUUAUACCAAAUUCUCGGCUCUGUCGGAUUGCCGGAAGGAAGCUACACCUUAAUCAGAACAGAUAAUGCAGAUUCCGUCAAGGAUUUUGCAAGCUCGACAUUGCUGGGGGGCGCAAAUAAGGGAAAAAAACAAUCGAUAUUGAUGUUAAGUGGCGAUGGUGGGAUGGUGGAUACAAUAAAUGGAUUGCUUGAGAGUGGAGAAAAAUCAAGGUCGUAUGUAAAACCGACAUUAUCUCAACUUCCUCUUGGAACAGGAAACGCCCUCUUCCAUUCUUUGCAUCGACCUUCUCCAAUCCCGUCAAUAUAUAUACAGGGUCUACGGACAUUACUUCGUGGUACCCCUUUACCACUUCCGAUAUUCAGUGUGAAAUUCUCUUCCGGAGCACGAACCAUUACGAACGAAGGUCAAACAGAGACACCACUCACGAACAAUAUUGUCUAUGGUGCGGUUGUCGCCAGUUAUGGCCUACAUGCAACUCUAGUUGCCGACAGCGACACAGUCGAGUAUCGAAAACAUGGAGACCAGAGAUUUCACCUGGUGGCUGGUGAUUUAUUGUUUCCAAAAGAUGGAGCUCUACCACACGCGUAUAAAGCUUCUGUCACAUUGACCAGAUCUGAUGGUACAGAAGAAGUCAUACAAAGAAAAGAGCACGGAUACGUUCUCUCAGUACUUGUAUCUAAUCUUGAGCGAACUUUCACGAUAUCUCCUGAAAGUAAGCCCUUGGAUGGCCAAUUGCGAGUCAUACACUUCGGAGCUGCAACUGGUAAGCAAACAAUGAAGGUUAUGGGAGAGGCCUACAAAGACGGAAGCCAUAUUGGUAUGCAAUGGGAUGAGGAUGGCCAGAAAGGGGAAGUUGGGUACGAAAGUAUCGAGAAGCUAAGGAUAAAUUUUGAGGAAUCCGGAGAAGGUUUCAAGUGGAGGCGAUGUUGUGUAGAUGGCUUGAUUGUAGGUGUUGAAGAGGGAGGCUGGAUGGAAGUUGAAAGGUUGAAAGGCGAAGGGACAGUGGAUAUUGUGGUUGAUUUGUGAAAGCGCCGGGAGGUUCAAAUUAGAAUAUCAUAUUGCUAUUGAAAAUAGAUCGCUUAGCGGAUUAGACGGUUAAGGGCGGUUACUUCUGGGGGUAUUUCGUUUUGUGAUUAGAUGUCACAAUACCUGGAUGGCACACUUUAGAUUGAAACAUUUAGCCUGGAGUUUUGAGUACAGCAUCUUAUUAUCUUGCAUCCAAUAUUUCGCAUGUCAUCUCUUUCAUAUCUCGUCUCAUCACUGACAUCUCUUUCCAUGUAUCUUGACUCCCAAAAAUACUCCCA